AUGAGCAAUGGGCGAAAACUCUUGCUGGGACCGAUCGCACUUGGCUCUUUGUCCAGGACUGCCGUGCUACAUCCCGUCGCCAUUGUCUGCGACUACAAGGCCAACAUGGCAAGCUCUGUUGUCAUUUUCAACCAAAGGAAGCUCCCAUCAGACCGAACUGACAAGGAAGAGAGCGACUGGCCAUGGCGAUGUGCCAAGACACACUGCACUACUCCAUUGGAUCACAUUGGGCAUAAACUCCUCGAGCCGCACUGGUACAGGACGCUCUCCCUGAACGCGGCCGCCAGAUCUACCCUUGUGCCUCCUCCAAUCAUCAAGGACCUGGUUGGCCUGAAGCCCGACUCUUGA